UUGAGUUGAUUCAUUCAUUCACUUUGCACAAGAAACUAACGAAGAAGCUAACAACUUUUGAGAGAAGAGAAACACAGAGGCAGCCAAUCACCUUCAACUUCAUCUUUCAUCAAGAAAUCAAGCAUUGUGUUCCAUUGUAACAAUGGUGAAGACAGAUCAGAGGAUUAUUCAGCUGCCUUCAGAGAUGACAUCGUCGAAAACGACAUCGAAGUCUCCAUCUUCUUCUUCUUCUUCUUCUUCUACCUCAGCAUGCAAGAAGAAGAAGUUUAAGGGAGUGAGGAUGAGGAGCUGGGGCUCUUGGGUUUCAGAGAUUAGAGCCCCAAACCAAAAAACAAGAAUAUGGUUAGGUUCAUAUUCGACAGCUGAGGCUGCGGCAAGAGCCUACGAUGCUGCCCUACUGUGCCUCAAGGGCUCCUCAGCCAACCUCAACUUCCCCACCACUGCCUCCUCACAUUUUAUCCCCCAGGAAAUGACCGUCAUGUCCCCCAAGUCCAUCCAAAGAGUGGCUGCAGCCGCUGCCAAUAAUAAUGCCGCUACCACCACCGCAAACAUUGCCUGUCCACCAUCACCCCCUCCUCAAUCUUCGUCUUCAUCUUUGGUCUCGUCUCCGUCUCUGGUCUCGUCGCCAUCAACGUCGUCCUCGCCGUCCAUUAACCUCAUCGAUGAUGACAUGUCAUUGCUAAUGGGGUCAUUUGGGGGGUCCUACACUCCCACUUACUAUGAUCAAGCAAAUGAUCAAUUACCAAUGUCUAGCAUGGAUUCAUGGAACAAUUUUGACCAAAUGUUCGAUGGCGCAUUGUUGGAUCCACAGCCACCUAUGAUAUAUGACUUUUAUGAGGAAAGUGACAUUCGUUUGUGGAGCUUCUGCUGAUCGACGACGAUGAAAAUUAUUAUUUUCUUUUUAGUCACAAUUAUUCAUGAUCUUCGAAGCCAUUGUUUAAAGAUUUUACUGACAGUGACACAAAUUAUUUACAUUCUAUAUGAGUGAAUGAGAUAGGUGAAUUAGAAAUUCCAAAUGGAGAGAUGUGAGACAUCUUUUUGGACUCUAUCUCACAUGGGUUUCUAAUAUAUUAUAUUUGUAUUUAUGUAUUUAUGUAUUUGUUAAUGAAAAUUAAGUGUGUAAUACUAUUGUUAUUAUUAUUAAUGAAACCUUGUCAAUGGUCUUACAUACAUUUUAA